AUGUCGGGAGUACAAAGUAUGAAAGGUCGACCUCUAGAAAACUUAAAAGAACUCAAAGCGGAUGAUCUUAAGCGUAUCAUAGCUCUUCAACAUAGAGAACUGUUGGCUAAAGAUGAACGGCUGAAAGGAGUAGAAGACCUGACAAGAAUUUGUAAUGAACUGGAAGAGAAACGGCAGGGUUUGGAGACAAGGGCGGACAAUUAUGAAACGGCUUUGAGGCGAGCAGAGGCGAGGAUUGCAUAUUUGAACAAGAAACUUGGCCCCCAAACGACUUUUGAAAUCGAUGUAAUCAAUCCUGGGAUUUCAAGAAAAGAUUUUGAUGCAGUUACCAAAGAGAAUAUUCAAUUAAAAGAAGCGUUGGAACAUAUCGUACCGACAGAAUUGGGCGGUAAAGACAUUGUCAUU